ACACACACACACACACGAGUGUUAUGUAUUAUAUAAGUAUUACAUAGAGAAAAGCUUUUCUCCACAGCUCUGUGUUUUUCUGCAGCUGAUGAUCUUCUGACCUCUCAACCGUCUCAGAACUCAGGACUCAAAUGACCGGAGAUCUGCAGAAGAGAGGCUCUCUCGUGUUAAAGCAGUGUGUGGGAUGUGGGCAGCAGAUUUCUGAUCAGUUUCUGCUCUUCGCUCUGGAUGGAUACUGGCACUGCCGCUGCCUCACGUGCUCCUGCUGCUUUACCCCGCUGGCACAGAUUGGCACCUCCUGCUUCACCAGAAGUGGCAUGAUCCUCUGCCGGAGUGAUUACCUCAGGUUGUUUGGUACGGGUGGAGUGUGUAGAGGCUGCAGGAGCUCCAUCCCUGCUGGAGAAAUGGUGAUGAAAGCAAAAAGCUACAUGUUCCAUAUCAGGUGCUUUGUUUGCUCUGUGUGCUGGAAGCAGCUGGUUCCUGGUGAUCGGUUUCACUGUGAGAAUGGAACGCUGUUCUGUGAUCAGGAGAAACUCACCGGGUCUGAAUCCAGCAGGACACGCCUCCACAGUUCAGUUCAGGACGGAUCAGCUGAUCAGAGGGAUCAGUUAAUAGAGAGAUAGAUCCCACAUUAUAUAAAUCUGUAAAUAUUAUUUAUAUUACUUUUGUAUUUCUGUGACACGUUAUUGGAAAACCCUGUGACUCCUAUCAACAGUUAAAUUAUUAUUAUUUUUUAUACUGUACUAUAAUAUAUAUAUUAGUGGAGACAGUUGUGUAGGUAGGAGGGUUACACAACAGUGAAUUUGCAUGCUAUUUUCAGUGUAUGAACAGUUCCAUUUAUGUAUGCAAAUUGUUUGAUAUGUUGCGUUGUCAGAAAAUGAAGUGAAGACUGUAAAUUUAAUAUUGGUGUUGUGGGUUUUUGGCCAUUUCCUCAAAGUAAAUAUGGUCUUAAUUUUGUCUCUAAGGUUUUAUUUAUUUCCCCAUACCUGCAGAUUUCCUGUAUACAACUGUAUUAUACCACAACUGUUGUAAAUAUAAGCUUGUUCAUCAUUGAUAUGAGUUUUAUUUGUACUUGAGAUUUGCUUCUGAUAUUAUUAAUUCUAAAGAGUUUUGGAAAAUAUUCCUAUUAUUCUAUUACUUGUAAUAACUUCAUAUUUGUAAUAUCUUAUAUGGUAGUGGUUUUGUAAAAUGCUAUGUAUAAUAAACAUGGUUAGAACAGUGA